AUGUUUGCACAAAUCCUCCUCAACCUCGCCUUGGCCCUCUGGGCAAGUGCUACGCCUGGCUCCAACUAUAAUGUGAGCAGCGAAUUCGCCCUCGCACAUGGCUGCGGACCAAAAUGCCAGAGCAACAUCGCUGCGGCAGACAUUGAAGAUCUCGCAACCUUCGGCCCAGACUUUGACUUUGGCUUUUACGAAACUGCGGCCAACUUUACCACAUCGAAGGCGGGCGAUCUGCUCAAGUUGAAGCCGCUAGACCCUCAACCGCUUCAGAUCCGCUCAGGAACCACCAUCUUCCGCAUCCAAUACACGUCUAAAGAUCUUGAUGGUUCCUUGGUCCCUGUAACCGGCUUCAUCGCUCUCCCCUAUACCCCUGCUUCCCAUCUUGACCUGCACGGCAGGUAUCCCUUGGUGGCGUUUGCCCAUGGCACCAGCGGCAUCUACCGGGGCUGCGCGCCGUCCAACGGUCCUGGUCUCUACGACUAUGACUCCUGGCAGCUGCUCGUGGAGCGUGGGUAUGCCGUCAUUGCGACGGACUACGCAGGGCUGGGAAAUAACUAUACUUCCCACAAGUACAUUAGCCUCACAUCACAGGCGGCCGACACAUACUAUUCCGUCAUGGCUGCCCGUCAGGCUCUCGAUAUUUUCACCAAACAAUGGGUAGCUGUUGGACACUCGCAAGGCGGCGGUGCUGUCUGGAAACUGUCAGAAAGCGACUUGAUCAAGCACGACAAGCAUUUCCUCGGCUCAGUGGCAAUCGCACCUGCAACCCGCGUCUGGGAUAUGUUUCUCCAGAUCUUGCAAAAGAAAGGCUCUUUCCUUGGUUACAUCUCCUACCACGCAAAGGCCAUGCAGCGGUACAUGCCAUCAUACAAUCUAACCAUUCUUGGCGAACCGCUGUUGCAGCGUAUGACUAUUUCCGACACUGCUCAGUUGUGCUUUUCGGGCUUGAUGGGUCUGAGUUCUGAUCUCCUCGCAGAGGAAAUGGUCUCUUGGGACGGUAUUCGCCGCGACGCGCCCUUAUACCUCGAGUGGCAAGACAAAAUGGCACCUGCUGUGAAUGGUACGCGUAGCUCUCACCCUCUCCUCGUGGUCCAAGGCCUCAACGAUACGUCGGUGCUACCCGAAGUCACCAGGACGGUCUACGAAAUGGCUCGCAAGGCCGGUAGUGGGAUAUCUCUCUCGGAAUAUCCUGGUAUGGAACAUUCUCCAGUCAUUGCAGCUGCAGCGGCUGAAUGGCUUGCCUGGGUGGACGCCCGGUUCAAAAACGAGCCGCUCAAGCACCAGGGUGCCAAGGUCCAGCACCCCUACAACUUGGCUCUUGUCAAGGCACCCUCUGAGGGCUUUUAA